AUGCUUCCACCAGCACUAAACAUUCCCAAAUGGCUCGAAGAGAACUCCCAUCUCCUCCAACCACCGGUCAACAACUAUUGCGUCUACCACCCCUCCGCCACAGCCGGCUACACGGUGAUGAUAGUGGGCGGGCCCAACGCCCGAACCGACUUUCACAUCAACACAACCCCAGAGUUCUUCUACCAAUACCGGGGAUCAAUGCUCCUCAAAACAGUCGACAACUCAACCACACCUGCUACUUUCCAAGAUAUUCCCAUCCACGAAGGCUCGAUCUUCCUACUGCCCGCAAACACCCCGCACUGCCCCGUGCGAUUCAAGGACACUGUCGGUGUCGUGAUGGAGUUGCCGCGGGCUAAGGAUGCAGUGGAUGCUAUGAGAUGGUAUUGCAGGAAGUGCAAGGAGAUUGUCUGGGAGAAGAAGUUCGUUUGUGUUGACCUUGGAACGCAGGUUAAGGCCGUAGUUGAGGAGUUUGGGGCCGACGAGGAAAAGCGCAAGUGUAAGGCUUGUGGGGAGAUUGCGGCGUCGAAGUAUCAGGAUGGGGAAAUUGUGCAACCCCCGACUCAUCCUGAGUAG